AUGAAUAAUAAUCAUGAUCAUUUUGGCAACCAAAUUAACCAAAUUAACGGUUAUGUUCAUCCUUCUGAUACAGUUAAUCCUAUGAACGUUUCCAACCAUAAUUUUUCUGUCAACAAUAAUAAUAUUGCUGGUUAUAAUUCAAUCAAUAAUACGAACAACGCUCGUCAAAAUCCCGCCAAUCAUAAUUUGGAUAAUCAUUCUGGCAUUAUCAAUAAUAGCUUUGUUGAUCAUAAUACUCUUUAUAACACCGUUGACAAUUCAAUCAAUAAUAUGAACAAUGCUCGUCAAAAUCCAACCAGUAACAAUAUCGCCAGUGGUGAUUUGGCUAACCAUUUGGGUAUUAUCAAUAAUCGUUUUGUUGGUCAUAAUCAUAAUACUCUUCAUAACACUUUUGACAAUAAUUUCUAUGGACAAAAUUCAGUCAAUAAUAGCAAUAACAAUUUGGGCGCGCAAACUAAUAAUUACACACAAGAUCAGCUAAUUUUUAUAGCAAUACAGCUUCAAAACAUUGUGGAUCAAUUUGACAAUCCAGCUGACGAAAAUCUUUCUUCUGAAAAUCAUUGGACGUAG